AUGGCUACCCCAAUCGAGAGCCACCCUCGGGCAAGCCUUCACCCACUAUGGACACCUUCAUAUAACCAAGGAGGAUUCCCUCGUUCCUCGACUUCAAGCAGACCUACUGCUCCUAGCUCGUAUUACAGCCCAUCCGAUCGUUCACCCAAAAGCCUGCCCACUCCGGUAUUUCCUUCCAACGAUGGCUCAAUGAGACAGCAUGAGCGCGCCAUGGUCGACCGCCUCGGCUCCAGACUCCGACAAGCUCCAGGCUCCGGUGACCUUAGCCCGCCCAAGUCAGCAAACCGGCCGAGUCCGCUUUCUCCUCUCGCAGAGCACUCAGCAAGUGACGGUAGACGUUAUUCGGCUGCGCCUAUAAGCCCUCGCCGGCCAGGUCCGCCGCCAUCAGCAACUCCGGUCUCACCACCUAUGGCUAGCAGUGUUCGAAGGCAGACUCUCGCAGCGGAAACUCGAUCGAUGCUUCUCGCCGGUCUGGGCGAAGAGGCACAACGACGACAGUCUGUAGCAGGACCCGGAUACGUCGCCAGGUCCAGGGAGGCUGAGAAGCGCGUUCAACUUGAGCAGCUACGAGCAUGGGGUCAUGUGUAUCUUGGUGAUGCCAAAACCUCCGACGUCUUCGUGCAAGCUAUGUCUCUUAAUCGUCGAAGCUCCAAUGCGAGCACCAACUCGGAUCAAUCUGCUGGAGGUUCUUCGCCCCCACGAAUGCCGUCCACGCCGACUCUCCCACCUCACCAGCGUCAAAUGAAGUUUCGAGUUCGUCCUCGAGCUCUGGAACGCAAACCGAUGCUCAUUACUCACACUUUCGACAUUGAGCAGUUACGCUCCACCAUCGCGGACCCGUUGCCAAGCCCUAUUCCCGCGGAUCAAAGACGGCGGCCAUCUCUGCAUACUCAGGCCACUUCACCGCUGCCAAAGGUCUCAUCUCCUCGACCGAGCGCGGCACGAAGACGGUCGAGCAGUGCAAUUCACAGCACGCUCCCUUACAGCCGCGGGCUAAAAUCUGGAGAUCCCCGCGCGGCUUCAUCGCGUGGCGCCGACACUAUACCAAUCCAUCUCCAAUACGCCAGGUCCUCACUCCCGGUGUUGGCGGCUAUCAUCGUCUCUGGUACAGUCCAGGCUGGCGACGUUGUCGAGUUGCCAUUACCGUAUCCCGAAGUGUGGUCCCAAACAGUCACCUAUGUCUACACGGGACAAGGGGACUUGACGGAUGCAGUCAAAGAGAACAUCCUCUACCUUGCAGGAAAGGUUUAA